UUCACCUGUGACACAUCUCAAAAGGGUUAAAGAAUAUAAACAAAUGAAGAGCAUUAUGUUAAUACCAUACAUCAGUCCUUUUCCUCAUGUUACUUUCAGAUACAUUGUAAAAGGGUGUUUUAAGGCAAUAAUUGCUGUUGCUGUAAGUAUGACCACAAUGGAAUAUCCUUUGAAAGAAAGUUAUCAAGAAAAAAAGGGCUAAAUAGUUUCCAACCAAGAAAAUUAGAAGUGAAAGAAGAAAGUUUCUUCUAUUUCACCUUUAAAGCUAAUGUUGCUGUUGUCUUGGAUGUUAAUAAUAUUCAUCCUGAAACUCAUCCAUUGUUCUAUGUGCUAAAAUAUUUUGUAAAAGUCACAUUCUUGUACUUUGUCCUCAACUGCUCUUAUUCAGAAUACUUCUUGUUAUUGUUAGUGCUGAAAUAUUUAAAUUUCUAACAAUGCGUCACUGAAAAUAGCAGUUGAUCCUUAUCCAAAUAGGACAACUUUGACAACCAGUUUGGAAGUUGUAUUAAAAUCAGUUUCAGUUUUUGUGCUGGCUUUGGGCUAUUUAAACUCAAGUGUAAACAGUACAACAAACAAAAAUAAAUGAAAAAAUGCAGUAAUAGAUCUUAUGUUGUGAGUAAUGUAUUACCAUGUUUUAGGGAAUUUGGCCUGGAUAACUUGUGUAUUCAUAGUUGAAAAUUACUUUGUCUUAUAGUUUCUCACUAUCAAAAAAGCUGAAAUUUAGACCCUUAUUUCACCCUUCAUUCUAUUUUAAACCUUUUUUUCAUUUGAUUAUUCUACUUUUUGUUUAAAUAUGUAAUUACAUUUUUACCCUUGAAUCUUUUCCACAACUUACUGUUGUCCUAUUUCACUGUUGGUACAAGCAAGCUUCCUAUUCACAUAAAAACCACUAAAAAUACUUAAUGAUAUGUUUGACAUAAUUUUAAAACAUUGUCAUGUGUCAUUUCACAUUAUCAUCAGUGGUUUAACAUACUACAUUUCCAUUAAUUUUUACCAAAUACAUUAGAAAUGAUCUUCUCGUUACAGAAACUGGUUGUAUUUGAUCUCCAUUCUAAUUAUUUUAAUUAACUCUAGAAGUUAAUAAAAUAACAAGUGUAAAAAGAUAAGUGUUUUAUAUGUAAUGUAUAAAAGUAACUUAUCUUUUGCAGAAGGCCAUUUUGAUGAGUGUUUGAACUUAAUCAAAGACCAAAGACUGUAUAAAGAUGCUCUUCAUAUUUUUGAUGAAGGAUCUUUGGAGUGGAAGGCUAUUUGGACGGCUUAUGGUGAUUAUUUAAUUGAGAAAAAGUACUAUGAAGAAGCUGGCCUUAUAUACACUCGGAGUGAGCAGUACCAAAAAGCUGUGACAGCAUUUCAAGAGAGUCAGAACUGGGAACUGGCAUUGUGUGCUGCAACCAAAGCUGGAAAUAGUGAGAAUCAAGUGGUAGAGCUUGCACUAUCAUUUGCAGAGACAUUGAAAGGAAAUAAGCACUAUUUUGAGGCAGCUGUUUUGCUUGACCAGUAUGUGAUGGACUCUGAGGGUGCUAUAGCAACUUUAAUCGAAGGUCACAACUGGAAGGAAGCCAUCAGAAUGAUACACAAAUAUAAACGUCUGGACCUUAUGGAGACACAUCUCAGGCCUAACAUUUUGAACCAAAGCUCUGUUAUUCAAGAAAUGAUUCAGGAGAUGACAGAAAAGAUUACAACUUACACCCAGCGGUUGAAAUAUGUUCGCAACACAAAAAAAAUGAAGAAAACUGAAGUUUUGUGGGAUGAAACCUUCUCAGCUGAUGCAGACUUGUACUCAGAUACCAGCAGUGUCAGUGGACUGUCCAGAAAACUACCUUCUUCAGCUUCUAGACAAACUUCUUCAUUAUCAGGGUCACUAAUGACACAAUGUACUUCAAGAAAAAAGAAGAAACAAAACCAAAAGAAGUACACAUUGAAGGAAGGAAGCCAAAAUGAAGACUUGGCUCUUAUAGCUGCUCUUAGUGACCUUUUCCAUUCUUCAGGCAGAAUGACAGGUGAAGUUGGAUCUCUCUUGAAAACUUUAGUAAUGAUGGGCUAUGACCAAGAAGCAGUCACUCUUCAGCACAAUUUUACUGACCUUCUUAAACUUAUAGAAAACUCCACUUCUGAUGUCUGGCCUACUUGUAAACUUGAUACAGAAAUGCAGGUAUUUGGCCCACAGUCCACAGCAAACACUUUAAUAAUGGCUCUUCAACAAAAAAAUCAAGAUAUGUCACCUAUAAUAUCUGAUCCUGAUUUAAGGAAUCCUCCUCCAAUCGUAAAGAGUGAAACUUGGAAGCUUGUGUUACUACAGUAAAGACAUUUAUCAUUAAUAAAGUUGCUUGAUUAAUUCAAAAAUUGGUAGACUUGAACUUGUAAACAUUUUAUAGUAUGUAUGCACAAUAAAACAUUUUUUAUUUCCUGAA